AUGAUCAUAUACGAUUUCGGUAUAAAAAAAGUUUGGAAAAUUUUGAAAAAAUGUGUUGAUGAUAUAUUUAGAAAACUAAAAAUUAAAAUUGUAACUGUCCUAUUAAUAUUAUCACAUACCGACAGUGAUCAUUACGGUAAUUUAGAAGAAAUCAGUAAAUAUAUAAUACAAAAAUAUUCACCCAUACAUAUAUCUUUAAUGUUACCAUGCAGCAGAGAGCAGUUUAUCAAUCUAAGUAAAAAGAUUCGUAUUAUUGGUGAUUUUGAAAAUUUUAAAGAGGGUGAUAAUGUUAUAACAUGCUUGUUAAAUAGCGAAUGUAAAUUGCAGGUACAUUAUCCACCUUUCUAUAAUAAUCGAGAUAAUAAUCGAAAUAGUUUAAUCGCAAUUAUUUAUUUUGGUAAGAAUAAAGAAAAGAUUGUUCUAACUGGUGAUCAAUCUUUUGAUCAAAUUAACGGUAUACUAGAGGAAAAAAAAAUUACUGAAACAUCAAUAUUUCAGAUACCUCAUCAUGGUUCUCAAAAAACCUACAAUGAUUAUGAUUACAAGUUAAUCCCGAGCAGAGUCUAUAUUAUUUCCGGUAAACCAGAAAAUGACGAAAAUACAUUUACUGAUAACCGUCUACAUAAUAUCACUUGCCAAUAUAAAACUGUUCAGCACAUCAUCGAAACAACUAAGACUCAAACGAAACGCAUCUAUGUGUGUUUUACUCAAUUAAGAUUAGACGAAAAUUCCGUUAAAAUUUUAAAUGAAAACUAUAAGAUUACAGUUGUCGGUGUCAAUACGGAGUUGGGCUACAUUCCAAUUAACUAA